AACAAAAAUAAUAAAGAAAAUGAAGUCAAGGUAUAUUUUAUAUUGUUUGGAACACGUAAAGCCACAAAAGGUAACAAAUCUUACGUAAUUCUGGUAAAACCAAACUGUACACCCUAUUUUUCCAUUGGGCAUCCUAAAUUCCUAACUAUAGUAAAUCUACCAAAAAUUCCUCUCUCUAGCAAGCUCAUAAACAUUUCUCUCUUACUUAUGUAAACCUCUUUUUAACACUUUUUUCUCUCAUAAUCUUUCUUGAAUUUGCUAACGCUACCCACCUACAAUAGAUACGUCUCAAAAUCGAUCUUUACAUACACAACCAGGAAAAAUUAGCUACAAAAAGAAAGCCACUCGCCCAUGGACCCAGGGGCCGCAGAACAAUUGACAAUAAAAUCAAAAUAUGAUCCCUUAAAGUUGUGGAGUGCGGGUUCAUGGAAUGGAACCGAUAUGUUAUGCCAAGAACGACCUAUAUAUUUAGGGUCUCCAACCAUAUGGUCCGACCGUUUUUAUCCUCAUGGUUCAGAUUCAUCAACAUUUAUCCUUCUAUUUUGCUUAAUCUUGCUUAUUAUUACCCUUACUUCCUUCAUCCUUAAACCUAUUGGUUUGCCAGCCAUGGCCAAAAUGUUUGGUGGAUUCUUUAUUAUUGGACUAUUAUACUCAAAAAAUGCCCUUGGCUUUCAAACAUUAGUCCCCCCAACAGUUUACUACUUCAUGAACAGUUUCUCACAAAUAGGGUUCAUAUUUUAUACAUUCAUAUUUGGUGUGGAACUUAAUUUGUUAGCAUUAAUUAAAAAAGUAAGAAAGAAGGCUAUUAUCAUAUGUUUUUCAGGCUAUUUUACAUCAUUAGCACUUGGUUAUUCCGGAUUAAAAGCCCUAAAUAUAAAGGAAGAUGAAGCCGGUUAUUUAAGGCAGAUGAUCCUUAAUGCUCAAACCUUCUUCAUGGUUACUUGUAGUCAUGUUAACGACCUUGGCAUAAGCAACUCGGAAAUUGGUCGUUUAGCUUGUGCAAUAUCUUUAGUCAUCGAUGUCUAUGGAAUGUUCUCGACUUUCCUCAUUUUCAAUGUUUACUUGCCUUUUAAAGAUGGAAAUUUUGUGCUACCUUUCUAUGUUAUCGCGGUCUAUCUUUUUAUGUUCUUCAUAUGUAGGCCGUUAAUCUUGGUCAUUAUUAGUUACACUCCUGAGGGACGUCGUAUGAAAGACUCACAUUUCUUGGCCAUCAUCGUGAUUAUUCUUGUACUAACAAUUCUUAGCUUGCUAGUUGGUCAGCCCCUUCUAGUUUUCUUAUUCGCGGUGUUCCUACCAGAAGAGCCACUUACCUCGAUUUUAAACGAACGAUUAGAUCUCAUGAAUUCUAGUAUCUUUUUGCCGGUCUUUUGUGCUAUGCAUGGAUUUAUAGCAGAUUUUAACCACCUCGGCAAAAAAUCUUUAAUAAUAGAGUUCAUUGUCUUUUUGAGUAUCAGUGGCAAGUUCUUAGGAACUGUUAUAUCUUCAAGGCUUUUCGGUGUACCUUUUUGGAGCGCCGUUUCCCUUGGUAUCAUCUUAUGUUCCGGCGGUUUCCUUGAUAUUGUAAUGCUCGGCAUAUUUCGCCAUUCCGGGGUAAUGGAACCAGAACACUACACCGUAAUCGGGAUACAUAUUUUGUUCUGUACAUGUGCAUUUCUGCCUCUUGUGAGGUUCAUGUACAACCCAUCAAGACAAUACUCGACAAUAUUAAGACAAGGUGUGAUUGCAUCCGCUGAAACCGGAACUUUGCAAGUAUUAGCAUGCAUUCACAAGGAAGAGAAUCUACCAGGAAUUCUCCGUCUCCUCGAGUCUUUCAAUCCUACACACGAAACACCUCUUCCAGUCAUUGCUCUCCAACUCAUUCAACUCACUGGCCGUGUCACUCAACCUAUCCUUGCCCCCUUCCAUGAAAUUCAGUCCUCAGCUGCUUUCAGAUCCAACAUUGGUCGUUGCAAUCGUAUAAUUAGCUCGUUGUUGAGCCUCGAACGCAGGACUGAUGGUGCUGCUCGUUUACAGCACUACAUUUCAGUGUCUGCAUAUGCUACUAUGCAUAACGAUAUAUGCAGCCUUGCGCAUGAAAAGAAAACCAGCCUUCUUAUUCUACCUUUUCAUGUACAAUGGACUGCAGAUAGAGAAGUGGAACACUUCUCUGAAGCUAUAAGAGAUGUCAACAAGAUGGUUUUCGAAAAGGCACCGUGUUCUGCAGGCCUGCUAGUCGAUCGAGGGGAUAAAGAUGUUACCAUACUCGAUGUUGAGUAUCGUGUUGCUAUAUUCUUCAUAGGUGGGGCAGAUGAUCAUGAGGCUCUCGCGUAUGCCACACUAUUUGCUAGACAUCCUAGCAUUAGGCUUACCGUCGUAUGGUUGAAAUCGAAAAUGUCAGAGAGUAACACCCACAGUUUUGAUGACUAUGCUGUCAUUCAGGAAUUUCACCAUAAACUGCAGGGCAAUGAGAGAAUGUCAUUACAGGAGAUAGUCGUCAGUGAUGGGGCAGAGACAACGAAUGCUGUUAUUGCCUUUAAAAAUGAAAUCGAUUUAGCCGUCGUAGGUAGAUAUCAUGAGCCUGGAUGUACACCCUUGUUUGGCCUUACAGAUCGUUGGUGCGAGUACCCGGAGUUGGGGAUUUUGGGGGACAUGCUUGUCACACCAGAGUUUAACUUCUCAGUUUUAGUCGUGCAAGAGGAACCUCAUAAGACAACAGAAAAUGAUGAUCUAAUUGAUGAUUUUGUAAUGUGAUAAUUAUGCUUGAUUUCAUCAUACAUAAUACUCUAUUUAUUUUAGA